GAUUAUUCUAGCCCUAAUUCGUUUUUUUUCAUAGCCCUAAUUGCAUUUUUUACAUUCUUUUGCCUAUAUCAGCUAAACACUUAACCAUGUUUCAUAAGAUACUUAAACACAACUGUGUUACCAUAUAUUUUUACAAUUUGUAAUGUUGUGCUUGUGGUGUGAUAGUAAACCAUCAAUUUUUGUUAAUAUGAAAAAAAAAAUCAAAGUUUGAAAUGCCCUUGACUGUGCAAAUUUGUUUAUAUACAAUCUGGUCUUGUAAACUUAGAGUUGGCUUGCACGUGGUUCAUAAAAUAGAGUACCUAAUCUUUUUGAAGAUUUCUUAUGAUAUCUAAAUUGCAUGAAACUUUUCAAAAGAAAAUUAAACUGAAUAAUUAGUUGAUAUUUGCAUUUAAGUAUAAUAACUUAAAUUUUCUAUUAAUUGAUGCUGAUCAACUUUUUGUAUUGAAGCAGAUCUUGAAGUGCUUAUAAUAUUGUUUGGCAUCUAUCUUUUAAUAUGCCAUGUAGGAAAUAAAAGCUUAUUGGUAAAGGGAUGCUUCAUCCCUACUUGUUGCUAUUGGUUCUCAUUUACCAGACCUUGUAAGUAAAUAGAAACAGCCAAAAAGAAUAUCAUCAUUCUUUCACAUCUAUCUUUGUUCCAAAAUGUAUGCACAAAACUCAACUCUUCAAGAAACUCAGCAGAAAGAGGCAUCCAUUAAAAUAAUGGUUGACGACCCUGUAAAAUCAGAGCACACUCGGUGGAAUGCAAAGAUUAUAUUAAUGAGUGGACUCAGCUUGUGGGAAACCACAGAUGGCAAUGAUCCUUCAGUUGACAAAUCCACUCUUGUUCACACUGCUCUUAGGUAUGCCAAAGACCUCACAGGACUUGAUUUUAAAAAUUGCCAACAUUGGAAUCCUUUCCUCGAGAUUCAUUAUGACCGAGUUAAAAAAGAUGGAAUAUUUAGCCAUAAGGAGGUCACAGUACUCUAUGUUCCUGAUUUAUCAGAUUGUUUACCUUCAACAUAUGCAUGGAGGGAUCAAUGGCUUUCACACAAGAAAGCUAUUGUUGAGAGAGAGCAUCGAUAUGCUCUUAAAAGAGAGAUAGCUCGAGGAAAGAAGGAAGGAUUGAAAGAUAAGGAACCUGGGACACCCAAAGAUCUGAAGAAGGAUGCAAAAUUAGAAAAAGAGAAAGUGCCUGAAUCUGAUGAGUCAGCAUCAAAACUAAAAGAAAUGGAAAAAGAUAAAGUCAAAGAACCUGCAAAACGUAGGAGUUCAUAUUAA